GACGGUCGCGUUACUAUAUAUAAAUAUAAUCUAUUAAACUAUUUACUAGAAGUUACUCGUACUUUAAUAAGUUUAGCGGAUAGCGGUAAUUUUAUUAUUAAAUUACAAUUAAUCCCUACCUUUAAAAUUAUUUAUAGAAUAACAAAUAAUAAACCGACCUUUAUAAAUAAUUCUUAG